AUGACCCUCCAUCUCGUCCGUCAAGCCAACACUUGCACCGGCAGCAAGCAAUGGUAUGUCUGCUCCAAGGGCAACUUCCGUGGCUGUUGUUCAGUCGAUCCGUGCAAUACGGGUGUAUGCCCGGAUCAAGAAAGCCAGACUACAUCGUCGACUGCGACUACUUCAACCACCUCGAGAGCUGCCUCAACUACAACGACGACCUCGCCAACGGCAGCUAUCACCACCGCACCGUCUACAAGCUCGCUGGGAGACAUCCCAGGCAUCAUUCCGACUCGGACUGUGACUCAGGCUGUUGCACCGGCGACAGAUACUGAUACUGCCGAUGCGAGUCAUGGAAGUGACCACGCCGCAUUGAUCGGGGGUGUUGUAGGAGGUGUACUAGCUUUGAUACUGCUAAGCGGGCUGUUAUUCCUGGUUUGUCGGUCUCGCAAGAAGCAUGGUAAACGGUUCGUUUUGCUGCGCUGGCGUGUCCCUCGUGGCGAGAGCCACGAGAAAGGGUCGACAGUUGCAAGCAGUAGAGGUCUGGGGUCAGGGAACGAGGGACGAUUACUUGAUGUACCGAACAGCAACACGCCAACCAACGCAAUCAUCAACCAAGCCUUAACGCUGCCCGCCUCAGAACCAGCAUCCGCAACGUCAAUCACCAUAAGCCAACCGUCCACUUACGCAAACACAAACACAAGCAAAAUCUCAGCACCGGCUGAGACAACCCACCACAGCUCCGUAUCCUCUUUACCACCAGCAUCAUCCACAACGAACCACCCCUCCGCAGAUCUCAACCUCAACCUAAGCACAAGCACAAGCACAAGCACCAGUCCAGGGCCAGCCCCAGACCGAGCAGACACAACCCCCGAACUCUCAGACACAGGCUUCUACCGCCAACGCGCCGAGCUAGCAGCCUACUCCCACCGCGAACUCAUCAAUAUCCCUCCCGAGCGCCGCCAGGUGCUCCCCGUGCAGCAUGCCAAUUCCGAGAUAGAUCAGCCCGCUCAACCACAGCUGCCGUCGAUCAUCACGCCGGACGGGGUGAUUCUGGGCGCCAACUUUGAUUACAGGGUUCCUGGCGACGAUCCGUACCCUGGUUCUGGGGAGGAGAUCGGCCAUGUGCUUAGUUUUAUGCAUUUUGAGGAGGGAGGGCGGAGGGAGGAGUGGAGGAAGAGUUUUGAGAGUGGGACGGGGGUGUGA